AUGGCUCUUUUGGCCUCAGAGUUUGCUAUGAAGGAUCUUGGCCCGUUAAGUUAUUUUUUGGGGAUUGGUGUCACCAGACAUGAGAAUGGCCUCUUCCUUUCCCAAAAACGGUAUGCCGAGGAGAUACUUCAAUGGGCAAGCAUGUCCAAUUGUAGCACAUGCCCUACACCGGUUGACACUAAGUCCAAACUUAGUGCCACUACAGAUGCUCCUUAUGAUGAUCCCACAAAGUAUAGACAACUUGCAGGUGCAUUACAGUAUCUCACGUUCACUCGCCCUGAUAUCUCUUAUGCAGUGCAACAAGUCUCUCUUCAUAUGCAUGAUCCUCGAAAUGCCCACAUGCAUGCCCUUAAGCGCAUCUUGCGCUACAUUCAGGGUACUCUUAUGUUCGGCCUACAUCUCUAUAAGUCUCCCAUUGGCAAGUUGGUCUCUUAUACAGAUGCCGACUGGGGAGGGUGUCCUGACACUCACCGAUCUACUUCGAGUUAUUGUGUAUUUCUUGGUGAUAACCUCAUUUCAUGGUCCUCAAAACGCCAACCAACUUUUUCUAAGUCUAGUGCUGAGGCCGAGUACAGGGGUGUCGCUAAUGUUGUUUCAGAGACCUGCUGGAUCAGAAACUUACUUCUUGAGCUUCAUUGUCCUAUCCGAAAAGCUACACUCGUCUAUUGUGAUAAUGUUAGUGCAAUAUAUUUAUCCAGUAAUCCAGUACAACACCAGCGCACCAAACAUAUAGAAAUGGAUAUUCACUUCGUCCGUGAAAAAGUUGCGUGUGGCGAAGUACGUAUCCUACAUGUCCCGUAUCGAUACUAG